AGGGGGGUGGAGGACACUGAGUGGAGGCCAGUGGAGGGAUUGGCAGAGGGGGGUGGAGGACACUGAAUGGAGGCCAGUGGAGGGAUUGGAAGAGGGGGGUGGAGGACACUGAGUGGAGCCAGUGGAGGGAUUGGCAGAGGGGGGUGGAGGACACUGAGUGGAGGCCAGUGGAGGGAUUGGAAGAGGGGGGUGGAGGACACUGAGUGGAGGCCAGUGGAGGGAAUUGACAGAGGGGGGGGGGACACUGAGUGGAGGCAGUGGAGGGAAGACAGAGGGGGGGGUGGCAGAAGCGGAGCGGUUGGUAAGGUGGAUGAGUCUGGCCGCUGAGUUCAGGCCGGUGAGGAGGGAGUUGCAGUAGUCGAGGCGGUUAGGAACAGACGUAUUUUGGAGAUGUUGCGGAGGUGGAGCCUGCAUGAGUUUGCCAGCGAUUGGACAUGGGGUUGGAAGGACAGGUUUGAGUCUAGAGUG